UCCGACCGGGCAGCGGGACGAGGAGAAGAGGAGAGAGAAGGGGAGGACAGAGAAACCCGAGCGAGAGUCUCGCGUUUGCAUCGAAGCGAAGGCCGGAGGAGAAUCGCCGCAAACACCGUUCGUUUCGUCUCGGGUUCCCUGGCUGGCCGCGGGGUUCCGGUGCCCCGCCGCCGAGGAGAGAAGCCCGUGCGGGGACCAGCCCGCCUACGCGGGCGGAGGGCCGUGCCUCGGCCGCCGCGAUACCGCCGCCCCAUUGGUCGACCCGUUCUACUGGCGCCCGGUCACGUGACAGACAGUGUGUGCGCGCGGCCCCUCCGCCUCGACGGGAGGGAACGAGACAGCAGUAACAACAGAGACACGCCACGGAGAACAUUGGAGAGAAGGCGCGCGGCGUUCGCCUCCUCUCUCCAACGGUGGAUUUUUAUUAUAUCGCCUUCGGUCGCGAGAUAUCCCUCUCUCUUCCUCUCUGUCUCCCCUCAACGGAGGGGGGGGGGAAGGAGUAAGUUUAACCACCUCCUUCUCGCGCCUCGUCACGAGCCCACGUCACUCGGCUAGAGUGCAGCAGAGAGCGAUCGCCGUGUGGGCUCGUUCGCUCGACUCGGGUUCCGGGCCGAUCGGGGAACACGAGUAACCGCGGUACCGCGCGCGCCACGACAUCGAUCUGCCGAUCCUCUCUCUCUCUCUCUCUCUUCCUCUCCUUCUCUCUCUCUCUUCCUUUUCUCCAUCUGGUGAAAAAAGUGCGCGCUCUUCUCUGUGUGGAUUUACAAGAAUAUACGUACAUAUAUAUAUAUAUAUAUAUAUAAAAUUUUUUUUCCUCGUUCUCUCUCUCUCCCCCCCUCCCGAGAUUAUAUCCCAUCGGGACCGUAGAAGUGAGAACCACCUUGCCUGUGCUCUCUCGUGUGUAAUUCCCAGUGAACUCGAACGAAGCUACGGAGGAGAUUCUUCUCUCGUGCAAAGUGGUGUAGUACGUAUACACAUAUAUAUAUACAUAGGUAGGUUAAAUCAGUAAGUGUAACGAUUAGUAAAAGAGUAAUAGAAUAUACAUAUAUAUAUAUAUAUAUAUACAUAGUUUAUCGAAGAAUAUAUAUAUUUACCGAGAGAAAGAAAGAAAGGGGAGGGCGGGAGGAAGUGAGGGGGGGUACGGUACAACGUUCGAUGCGCGGCAAGCGGCAAGUUGGAUUGCCGCCGCCGGAACAGGAAGAGGAAUCAGCGCGACAGGAGCAUCGGAGGAGGCAGCAGGAGGAGCUCGAGGCGUUGGUCCACGCGGGCAAGGAGGUUGCGAGCGUGAAGACGAGGCCGACGACACCCGUCCUGGCGAACGACGGAGGGGGUGGCUUCUGGCUGGCCACGGUGGCCGGGGGGCCGGGUGGCCCGCACCACCCGGCCAUGGACCCGGCGUGCGCCACCGCCGAGACGGGCUUCAUCAACAGCCAGCCCUCCAUGGCCGAGUUCAUGACCGCGUUGCCCCAGCUCGCGGCCGGCGACGCCGCCGGCCUCCAGCACUCGCCCGGGGCCGGGGGCUCCAUCAGCCCCGCGUCCCACCAUCCCGGUUACCACGCCAUCAUCGACCCCCACGGCGUCGCGGACCCCUCCGUCAACGUGCCCGAAUACCCGUGGAUGAAGGAGAAGAAGACCACCAGGAAGAGCAAUCAGCAAGAAGACGAGAAAGGACUCGAUUAA